CAGCGGUGCGGCCGGAGCUGGGGGUCCGAGGUGGGUCUAUGGGGCGGGCCCCAGCGGUGCGGCCGGAGCUGGGGGUCCGAGGAGCAGGAUGUAUACGCUGCUGUCUGGACUAUAUAAGUACAUGUUCCGUAGGGAUGAGUACUGCAUUUUGAUCCUUGGGCUGGACAAUGCGGGGAAAACGACCUUCCUUGAGCAGACUAAAAUCCGAUUUAACAGGAACUACAAGGGGAUGAGCUUAUCCAAAAUCACUACCACUGUGGGCUUAAACAUUGGUACUAUUGAUGUGGGCAAAGCCCGGCUAAUGUUCUGGGAUCUUGGAGGGCAGGAUGAGCUGCAGUCCCUGUGGGACAAGUACUAUGCUGAAUCCCACGGGAUCAUCUAUGUUAUCGACUCCACAGAUGAGGAGAGGCUGUCAGAAUCCAAAAGAGCAUUUGAGAAAGUGGUCAUCAGUGAAGCUCUGGAAGGGGUUCCCAUCCUAGUAUUAGCUAACAAGCAAGAUGUAGAGAACUGUCUGUCCAUUCCGGAUAUCAAGACAGCAUUUAGUGACUGCAUUAACAAAAUUGGGAGGAGAGACUGCCUGACGCAGGCCUGCUCAGCGCUCACUGGCAAAGGGGUGAAUGAAGGAAUCGAGUGGAUGGUGAAAUGCGUGGUGAGGAACAUUCACCGGCCCCCAAGGCAGAAGGACAUCACGUAAGAAGGUGCUGGGUCACUGAAGCCCAGACAGCUUCUUCCAAAACAGACUCUGCUCUCUCUCCAGAAGAAGGUCCGCAGGACUCUUAUUGCACCUGAUUCUUUCUUAGUUUGUUUGGGGGGCAAACAUUCUCUUUCUGGGUCUAAAAAGAACUGUCAGAGCAAUGGAUUUGGACUGGAAAACGUGCUUCUAGCAUUGUGCAUUGAUCCCUUGGCCUGAGAGGGCCCAGCCUCCCCAAAUAUUUAGUGGCAACGCACGCUGAGGCCAGGCUGUGCAAGGGCAGAGGGUUUAGCAGUUUCUCCUUCAUCACUUUAGGCUGUGGGAUGUAGGGUUCUUGGGUUCUUACUCUACUAGAAGCUAGAGGCCAGUUCACUGGACUCACGUUCUAGUUACUGAAGGGAAGCUACUUCAUUGUAUCAGAGGUGGUAGGUAGAUUUGUGAGGGACAAAGGGGAAAAGUUUGCAUCCUUCCCAUCCCUAAAGAUCAUUGUAGGUGGUGGUACUGGCCUGAUUUAUGCUGUUGAUAAUGCAAUGGGUAGGGUCAAUGUUGAUUAUAGUUCUGUUUCCACUGUGGCAAUGUUGAGCUGGGACUGUACGGUACCAGAGUGGUGGAAGACAGCAGCCGCAUGAUGGCCUGUAAGCUCACAAUGGGCUAUUUAACUGGAAAAUGAUCUUCAGAAGAGUUGCCUCGUCUUGACUGUCAAUAGCACCCUUAUGCUGUCUCUCUGACUGGUGUCUGUACUGUAAGGAGGGAUGGAGGCCUCUGGGUGCAUUCCAAGAUGAAAUCCAUGCCUGUAAGCCAGGUGGGAUAAGUAUCCAAUAAAGCUUCAUGCUUCUCUGCCUGUCUCCCUUGUUGAGGGAGUUGUUGGCUAGGCCUCCACACCGAAGAAUUAGUGGCACUUGCCCUUAGCAGCAGGCUUCCGACUGUUGGAAAUGAAAUAAGAGGCGAGAAUGCAAAGAUGCCCUGUCCCAGCAUUUACCCCAAGCCUGCAGGUGCCUGCCUGCUCCCAUGAUAAAAAAUGACUUGCACAAGAGCUCUCUCCACUCCUUUUGGAAACAAGAUGCGCGAGUGAAUUUUCAGAGGUCUUGGCGGGGUGACUGUCUGGGGCUGGGGCUAUUCUGGCAUGUGGGCCCAGGUGGACAUGACAGCUAGGGGCUCCCGCACUGCUCUGCCUUUGCAGAAGAAGAUGAAGUGGUAUUUGUUUGUACUUUUGAUGCAGUGGGUGACGUCUUCGGUGGUUUGUCUGUGCAGUUUAAACAAAGCCGUGCAAUAAAAGCGACGACUGAUGCACUCCC